ACAACUGUCUUGCUUAGCAAUGGCAAUUUUGGGCUCAAUUGUGGUCAUAGGUUGAGGACUACCUACAGGGAGUUGGACUAGAAGAGUUCCAAGAUCCCUUCCAGCUUUGUUUUUUGUUAUUCUGCCCACAGCAAACUAUAGAGAUGCCUCCAUGAAGUUAGCAAAAGCCCUCACCUUGAAGUCCUUCACCCUUUUUCAAAGUUAGAGAUCAGCAACAUGGGGGUUUCCAGGUAUUCUGGAUGACAGAAUUCCAUAAAUUUCAGGCUGUACUGCCAAAACUAGUGAAUUAGAAGUGCUGUUGUCUAAAACUUGUGAAGAUACUUUUCUGCCAAACUUUGCUGUAAUGUUUGGGUGUUUGUGUGCUGUUCUUCCUCUGCAUAACACCAAGAAUCCAACUCUUCAAAGCCUGAGAGGGCUUAUUAAAACAUUUCUGAGAUUAACUUUACAGUUUCCAAAACUUUGGGUAGCAUGACAACUUCCCUAGUGGCCUAAUUGGUGUUACUUCUGAGUUGAAUCCUCAAAGCAUUAUGCUUCUCUUUGACCUCCAAAUAACUGACAUGAAUUAUUACCGACUCACAAUUAUAUUUAAGAGCUAAUUGCAAGGAUGAUGCAAAUUAUAUUUGAUUUUAUGUUUACCAUUCCUUUUUUUUUUUUAGAAAGAGAGCGAGAGAGAGAUGCAUUUUAAUGACAGAUGCUGAAUAAUUUUCUAGAAGUCAAAGGCACUGAAAAAAAACAUUAGAUUGCUUCCAUGCUGGUAAAUUUUGAUGCAAAAAGAUCAUCUCUCUCUGCCCAUUUUAUUUUGAGUUAUAUGGAUUUGGAAUUAAUCGGAGUAUGCAUUUGACUACUUAAGCAGAUAUCAUUUACUUCCAAAGGAAGAAUUAAACUAUUAAAGGUGAACUUUUAUUAUCAUCACAUCCUGGAAGGAACAAACAAGGGUUUGAAGACAGAUUGACUUAAUUUCUUUAAACUGACCUCUGUGGCUUCUCCUAAAACCUUGUUCUUGUGAUACUGAGCAUAAAGAAUUUAUUCAGAAAUAAAACUCUCCUAAUUAUUGCAAGCACCAGCAUGUAUAAGACCAUGCCGGCAGAGAACAUUACAGAAGUUACGGCAUUCAUCUUAUCUGGACUCACCGCCAAUCACAACACUGAACUGGUGCUUUUUGUUCUUUUCAUUGCCAUUUACUCUUUGAUCCUCGUUGGCAAUAUUCUCAUCGUGAUCACCAUCAUCUAUGACAAUCAGCUGCACAGCCCUAUGUAUUUCUUCCUCAGCAACCUCUCCUUCAUCGACGUCUGCCAUUCCUCCGUGGUCAUGCCCAAAAUGCUAGCAGACUUCCUGACCGAGUCCAAAACCAUCUCCUUUGGAGAAUGCAUCGCGCAGAUGUUCUUCCUCCAUCUCUUUGCCUGCACAGAGAUCUUCCUGCUGACCAUCAUGGCCUACGAUCGCUACGCUGCCAUAUGUCAUCCUUUGCAUUACACAAAUAUCAUGAGCCGCCGGGUCUGUCUCAGCUUGGCGGUGGCCAUGUGGCUCGGAGGCCUCGUCCACUCCAUUGCUUUGACGGCGUUGACUCUCAGCGUGCCCUACUGUGGCCCCAACUCUAUCGAUAACUUCUUCUGUGAUGUUCCCCUAGUCAUCAAGCUAGCGUGCACCGACACCUAUGUUUUUGAGAUCCUCAUUGUCUCCAAUUCAGGGCUGAUCUCCGUGAUUUGCUUUAUCGUUUUGGUCAUCUCCUAUGUGGUCAUCCUGGUCUCCUUGAGGAACCGCUUCUCUGAAGGACGACGCAAGGCUCUGUCGACUUGCGCUGCCCACCUGACCGUCGUGACCUUCUUCUUGGGCCACUGUAUCUUCAUUUACCUCAGGCCAGCCAAGAGUUUGGCCGCAGACAAAAUUGUUUCCAUUUUCUUCACCGCUGUCACACCCUUGCUGAACCCGGUCAUCUACACGCUGCGUAAUGAGGACAUGUUAAAUGCCUUGACCAAACUCCGCGGUCGGCAAGUCCACGCAGGAGCCAAAGGAGUUCAUUAAGAAGGGUCAAAUCUUUCAAGAUGUGGCACCGUUUCUUUUCAAUAAUUUGAUAAUUGAUAGAAAUAGGGAGGUGCCUACCACAGGCAAGGAAGCAGACUUCAGAUCUAAUGUUAUCUACAGAAUUUACAGAAUAACAGAGUUGGAAGGGACCUUGUAGGUCAUCUAAUCCAACCCCUGCUCAAGCAAGAAGCCCUAUACCAUUCUGGACAAAUGGCUGUCCAGUCUCUACUUGAAGCAUCCACAA